AUGGCUCUACGGCGGCUGCAAUGCCUGAAAAAACGGAUGGAUAAGGAUCCAGAACUGGCUGAAACUCUGAAUCAAAAAAUCACCGACCUUGUUACAAAGGGAUACGCGAGAAAACUUACGGAGCAAGAACUAAAUCAAGCUUUCCCGCGAGUCUGGUAUUUGCCAAUAUUCCCGGUGACUAAUAUCCACAAACCUGGGAAAAUCCGUAUGGUAUGGGACGCGGCUGCAGCAGCCUACGGAGUAACACUGAACUCGGUUCUAUUGAAAGGGCCUGAUUUGCUCUGUGAUCUGUUCAACAUACUGAUCCGAUUUCGGGAAGGCAAGAUCGCGCUGACCGGAGACGUACGUGAAAUGUUUUUGCAAGUUCUUAUACGAGCUGAAGAUCAGCAAUGUCAGCGUUUCCUCUGGUACGACGAUAACGGUGAAGUAGUUGUUUACAUCCUAAAGGUCAUGACGUUCGGAGCGUGUUGCUCCCCUAGUACGGCGCAUUUUAUAAAAAAUUUAAACGCCGAUCGAUUCAUAGCGAAGUUUCCAGAUGCUGUUGAAGUGAUCCAGAAACGUCACUACGUCGACGAUAUGCUGGUUAGUGUUGCGACGCAUCAGCAAGCAAUUGAACUCGCUAAACAGGUGAAGCAAAUACAUGCCGAUGGCGGAUUCGAGAUCCGUAACUGGAUAAGCAACUCCGAACAGGUUACUAAGGCGUUACAAGAGAAACGGACGGAGGAGAAGAGCCUUGACCUCUCUCCUGAAUUUUCUACAGAAAAGGUUCUCGGCAUGUGGUGGUGUACUUCUUCGGAUACAUUCACGUAUAAGAUUGGUUGGAAUCGUUAUGGUCGUGCUCUGUUAGAAGGUGAAAUUCAUCCAACAAAAAGGGAUAUGCUGCGUGUUCUGAUGUCUAUUUUCGAUCCUCUUGGUUUGAUCGCACAUUUUCUCAUGUACUUAAAAGUUAUCCUCCAAGAUGUUUGGCGUGCCGGAAUUGAUUGGGACGACCAAAUCGACAACACACUGUUCGAAAAGUGGCAGAGAUGGCUUCAAGUGCUUCCAAGAGUCGAAGAAAUUAGUAUUCCUCGGUGCUACUUCAGUCACACAGAUGCUGUUGGCGAAAAUAUUCAGCUCCACACGUUCGUAGAUGCUGGCGACAAUGGCAUUGCAGCAGCGUGUUAUUUGCGCGUCGUUCAGGACGGCAUCGUUGAGUGCAGACUAGUUGCCGCGAAAACUAGAGUCGCUCCAUUAAAGUAUAUGUCAACGCCUAAACUUGAGCUCCAAGCAGCGUUAGUGGGCGCGCGACUAUCUCGAUCAGUUUCCGAAGCUCUUGUUAUCAAAUUCUCUCGAAAAAUGUUUUGGUCAGACUCACAGGACGUAAUAUGUUGGAUCAAGUCGGAUCACCGCCGUUAUUCACAGUUUGUGGCAUUCCGAGUUAGUGAAAUACUGGAGACGACAGAGAUGAGCGAAUGGAGAUACGUUCCUACCGAUUUAAACGUGGCAGACGAUGGGACCAAGUGGAAAGGGGUUCCUGAUUUGACUUCAAAGGCCAGAUGGUUUAACGGCCCUAAAUUUCUUUAUCAAUCAGACGAAUGUUGGCCGGUUUCGUGUAAGAACUCGUUGGCUACAGAGGUAGAAUUACGUCCGAGCGUAUUAGUUCACUCUGUCGCAGCAGUGCCCGCGGUAUGCGUUACCGACUUUUCUUCUUGGAAUCGGUUAGUUAAUGUCGUUGCUCUGGUACGUAGAUUUGUGAAAAAUUGCAAACUAAAACUCAAGAAAAGUUCAAUCGUGGUUGGGCCACUUUCAAGCCAAGAAAUAUCUUCCUCAGCUCAUUAUUUAAUCCGUCAAGCGCAGCAGGAGGCCUAUCAAGACGAAAUUACCGUCUUAAAACAAUCACAGCAAGAUCUAGAGCGUUCUACAGCGCGGAUUCCCACUACAAGUUCAAUUUAUAAGAAAUCACCGUGGAUAGACCAGAAUUCGAUUUUGAGAAUGCGAGGCCGCAUCGCCGCCUGUGACUACGCUACAGAGGAUGCAAAGAAUCCGAUAAUUCUGCCCCGUGACCACCAUACCACCAAGUUGAUCGUUGCACAUUAUCACCAAAAAUAUCACCACCAGAAUCACGAGACCGUGAUUAACGAAAUUCGCCAGAAAUACAGCAUUCCCAAACUCCGUGCGACAUACUCCAAAGUAAAAAGAGACUGUCAGCGAUGUAUGAACUACAGAGCACUCCCGCAAGUUCCAAUCAUGGCCGACUUACCAUCAGCACGCCUGGAUGCCUUCACGCGCCCUUUCACGCAUGUUGGCGUCGAUUUCUUCGGACCGUACGAGAUCGUCAUAGGACGUCGAGCAGAAAAGCGUUGGGGGAUGCUGGCAACGUGUCUCACAGUUCGGGCGAUUCACAUCGAGGUUGUGAACUCACUUAGUUCUGACUCGUGCAUAAUGGCACUUAGAAAUUUUGUGGCAAGGAGAGGUAAACCGAGAACCUUUUACAGUGAUCGUGGCACUAAUUUUGUCGGUGCAAACCGUGUUAUCAAAGAAGCAGAAGGUUCUAUCAACCAUGAAGAAUUGAUGAGAGAAUUCACCGACGCGGAAACUAGCUGGACGUUUCUACCUCCUUCUUCUCCUCAUAUGGGUGGGAGUUGGGAACGCCUGAUUGGGUGCGUUAAAAAGAACUUGAUGGUAGUUUUGCAUGCUCGGAAGCUCAGUGACGAAGUUCUGCGAAACGUGUUAACAGAAGUUGAAAAUGUCGUAAACUCUCGACCGUUGACACAUGUUCCCGUUGACGAUGAUUCAGCGCCUGCUUUGACCCCGAAUCAUUUCCUGCUGGUAUCAUCCAACGGAGUUAAACCGUUAAGCACUAUCGUCGAUACUGAUGCCGUGCUUCGUCAAAGCUGGCGAUUAUCUCAGGUUCAAGCAAAUCGUUUUUGGACACGUUGGGUAACUGAUUAUCUGCCAGAAAUAACCCGUCGUACGAAAUGGUUCAACUAUACGAAACCGAUCCAGCCGGAUGAUGUUGUAGUGAUUGUCGACCCGCAAUCGCCUAGGAGCUGCUGGCCAAAGGGGAGAAUUAUUUGCACUCAACCGGGCCGAGACGGUCUACCAAGAUCAGCGACUGUAAGGACUUCGGCCGGCAUUUAUGAACGACCAGUUGCCAAGUUGGCCAUACUAGACGUGCGGCGCGACGUUGUGUAA